AUGGAAUCCUGCCCGAUCAAGACAGUGAUUUCCGGUACGAUGGGUUUCGGUCUGGGAGGUGUCUUUGGAUUGUUCAUGGCGAGCAUGUCCUACGAUUCCACCUUCACCCCGCAAGGCAAAGCCAUCAUGGACCUCCCCUGGCGCGAACAAGUCCGCCGCGGCUUCAAAGACAUGGGCUCGCGGUCGUGGUCGUCGGCCAAGAACUUCGGCAUCGUCGGCGCCCUGUACUCCGGCACCGAGUGUUGCAUCGAGGGCCUGCGCGCAAAGAACGACCUCACCAACAGCGUCGCGGCGGGCUGCAUCACGGGCGGCAUUCUCGGCGCGAAGGCCGGGCCCCAGGCGGCGGCGGCUGGGUGUGCGGGUUUUGCGGCGUUCAGUGCGGCGAUCGAUGCUUAUAUGCGGAUGCCGUCGGAGAGUGAUUGA